AUGAAGCCAUGGCCGUUCCUGGUGUUCUCCCUGGGCUUGAGACCCACUGACUGCUACGACAACGGCGCGCCCCACUCGCGGAAGCCACCUCUCGGCUGGUCCAGUUGGGUGGGCCUGGGCCGGCAGUGGCCAGGCCCCGAAGCGCAGGCCCCGGAGUUCGACUUUUGUGACGAGGAAAGCGUGAAGCUCUCGGUCGACGCCUUCCAUGAGGUCGGUCUCUUCGACGCCGGCUAUCGCCACUUCCAUUUGGACGACUGCUGGGCGGACCACGAGCGGAAUGCGUCGGGCUUCCUGCAAGCUGACCGGCAGCACUUUCCCAAGGGCAUGAAGCCAAUCGUAGACUACGCCCACUCCAAAGGUCUCACUUUCGGUCUCUACACCUGCGCCGGCACCUACACAUGCGUGGGCCACCGGCCUGGCUCAAAGGGCCACUUCAGAGAAGACGCCGCGGUCUUUGCCGAGUGGGGCGUGGAUGUGGUAAAGAUGGAUUGGUGUUUCACGGACGGGAUGCAGCCGGAACCGACCUACACGGCCUUCUCGGAAGCGCUGAAUGCGACCGGCCGCCCCAUCCAUUUCAACAUGUGCGAGUGGGGCAGAGCUUCACCUUGGACCUGGGGCCCCCGAGUCGCGCAGUCCUGGAGGGCCACGGGAGACCAUGUCCCCCUGUGGCAGGACACGAAGAAGGUGAUAGCGCAAAGGUCCCAGAUUCCUGCGGCCUAUGCAGGACGCCCCUUUGCUUGGAAUGACAUGGACAUGCUGGAGACGGGGAACUACCGGCAGGCUGCUCAUGCAAAUGGAAAGACCGGCAACAUGACCAGCGUUGAGUACCGAACGGAGGUGAGCAUGUGGGCAAUUCUUGCCUCCCCGAUGAUUGUCACCACUCCACUGCUGAACUGCUCGAAGACAGAUCAGAUCGCGGGGAACUUCACAUCGGGAAGCUGCAGGCCAUCGAUCACUCCAUUGCAGAAGGAGCUUCUUCUGAACAAGGAGGUCAUAGCAGUGAAUCAAGUUGAUACUCCGGCCGGUCGCCUUUUGAAGGAUGCCGGCAGCUGGAUGGCGUAUAGCAGAGACCUUCCUGACGGAUCGGUGGCAGUCGCCUUCUACAAUCCGUCGGAUUCCACGGCUGACGCCAGUCUGGACCUGUCCGCCUUGGGAUGGGCAUCGGGGACGAUGGCAAGAGUGCGAGAUCUCUGGGCACAGAAGGAGCUUCCCCAGACGCGGGACCGCUUCCCAUCGACUGGGUUCGUGGAGGUGCAGGCGCAUGGCACGCUUCUGUAUCGGUUCAGCAAGGUGUCGGAGUUGAUCGUAUGA